GCCCCCGCUUCCUAGAGCUCCCGCCGCGUCGCGCAACGCACGCCGGGAGCCGGCCCGAGCCGCCAAGAUGUCGCAGCCCAAGAGAAGAAAGCUUGAGUCGGGGGGCGGCGGCGAAGGAGGGGAGGGAACUGAAGAGGAAGAUGGCGGAGAGCUGGAGGUGGCCCUGCCACGACCCCGGAGGACUAGGCGGGAGCGAGACCAGCUGUACUACCAGUGCUACUCGGAUGUAUCGGUCCACGAGGAGAUGAUUGCCGACCGCGUCCGCACCGAUGCCUACCGCCUGGGCAUUCUGCGGAACUGGGCAGCGCUGCGGGGCAAGACCGUGCUGGACGUGGGCGCGGGCACCGGCAUUCUCAGCAUCUUCUGUGCCCAGGCCGGGGCCCGGCGCGUGUACGCGGUGGAGGCCAGCGACAUCUGGCAACAGGCCCGGGAGGUGGUGCGGCUCAACGGGCUGGAGGACCGGGUGCACGUCCUGCCGGGGCCAGUGGAGACGGUGGAGUUGCCGGAGCAGGUGGAUGCCAUCGUGAGUGAGUGGAUGGGCUGCGGACUCCUGCACGAGUCCAUGCUGAGCUCUGUGCUCCACGCGCGGACCAAGUGGCUGAAGGAGGGCGGUCUUCUACUGCCGGCUUCCGCCGAGCUCUUCGUGGCGCCCAUCAGCGACCAGAUGCUGGAGUUGCGCCUAAGCUUCUGGAGCCAGAUGAAGCAGCUCUACGGUGUGGACAUGAGCUGCCUGGAGAGCUUCGCCACGCGCUGCCUCAUGGGCCACUCAGAAAUCGUGGUGCAAGGCCUGUCCGGCGAGGAUGUGCUGGCCCGGCCGCAGUGCUUUGCUCAGCUGGAGCUGGCCCGCGCCGGCCUGGAGCAGGAGCUGGAAGCGGGGGUGGGUGGGCGCUUCCGCUUCAGCUGCUACGGCUCGGCUCACAUGCACGGCUUUGCCAUCUGGUUCCAGGUGACCUUCCCCGGAGGGGACUCGGAGAAACCCCUGGUGCUGUCCACCUCGCCUUUUCACCCAGUCACGCACUGGAAGCAGGCACUCCUCUACCUGAACGAGCCUGUGCAAGUGGAACAAGAUACGGACGUUUCCGGAGAGAUCACGCUGCUGCCCUCCCAGGACAACCACCGUCACCUACGCGUGCUGCUGCGCUACAAAGUGGGCGACCAGGAGGAAAAGACCAAAGACUUUGCCAUGGAGGACUGAGCGUGGCUUUCUCUCCCAGCUACCUCCCGAGGCGGCCAGACCUGCGCGGUAGAGGCGGAGGGGGGUCGGAGGAGAAAGGGAAAUCUCACGUGCAAGUGUUGUUUGACAGUACGAGCAUGGCCGUAUAUGACGAGCAAUGUAUGACACUGGAUACCAGAUGAGCCAAAGGAGCCUAAGCCCUGAAGUGAGGAUUAUUCCAGAAGGAUGAGGUUGUGAGAUGCACCAACAUUCAGGCACUGUCCAAGCUCUGUAUGAACUGGUACUGAUUGCUUAGGGUCAUUUGGGUCACAGGAAGAAACUUACCAGCCCUAAGGAGAGGAAAACAUGGUGAAGUCCUACCUGCUUUCCUCAAAGAGUUUACAUUUAUUUAGCACUGUGAAACUUUCCAGAUAUUUUCAUUAACUCACUGGACCAAUGGACAUUUUAUUCGGUAUACAAUAUAAUAGUCAUUGUGAUAAGUGCUUAGGAUAUAAACCAGUAAAACAUAGUUUCUCCUUCAAAUAGGUAUGUUCACAGGAUAAACCAGAAAGUAAAAUAAACAAAAAAUAAUGGGCAAAAGACUGGGUGGUGUAGGUGUUAGGGAGGGCAAGUAAUUAUCUUCACCUUACAUACUAGGAAAAAGGAGUUACACAGAUUUGGAAGGAUUUAGCCUAAGGUUAUGUAACUAAUUCUUGACAGUUUAACACAAGUCUUUCGAUUCCUAACCCACAAAAGACCCCUUAGAUUAAGGAAGUCUCCCUGGAGACCUGUCUCACAGGCCUCAAAGAGCCACCACCUUCAGUAUAUAGGAUCUUCACGUUGACAAAUACUAGGCACUCACGAAGCAUUCCCUGUUCCCAUUCCCCUAACAGAACUAAUCAAAUGUGGCACUUUCUGAGGCUCCCCCAGGGGACUGAAUCCUCAACAUAGUAGCAAAGGUAGACAAACUCUGCCAUUCUACUUGGUACUUGAUGCUGGACAGCAGAGAGACAUCUGACCAGGCGGUCAUUCAUUUAAUGGUUUAAUAAACACCAACUAACAGUUAAGUAAGCAGAUCCUACUCUCAAAAAACUGGGGUAUGGUGGGGAGUAGAAUUACCUACAUCAAUAAUCUGCAUUCAUUCUUUAUACUGGAAAGAUUUCAUUCCAACUAAAUCUUACCCCUGCUGAAGCAAGGAUAGGAAGCCAGCCCUCUUAUCAAUUUCAUUCUUAAAAUUUCGCCCAAGUGCAAAAAUACUCCUUAUCAUCACAUAGAUUAUGAGUUCCUCAGAGAAAAAUUUUCUAUGGUGUUAGUUCCAAAAAUAAAUCUAUGUCCUCUAUAUAACUGGUUUGUUUCAUCUAACGGACACAAUAUUUUGGGUAGAUGACCCUUCUCACACUGGCUACUAGAAAGCUGAGCCAAAUUUAUAGUUCACUUGCGCUUUUCGUUUUUAGCUUUAUAUCUGGCCUCAUUUCCAUAACCCAGUUUUUUCUUGAUUUGUCCCUCUCAAUAAAUAUUAAUGUUUUGUUGGAA